CAUAAUUUAGUUACAUAUACAUGAACAUCAUCAAAAGUUAAAUUAAACUAAUAUGGAAACGUCUCCUAACUUAAAUAUCUCAGAGCCGUCGCCGGAAUUUUUGCAGAGGAAGAUUUAUUUUUUAGUUGAUCAAUUAAAAGCUAUGCAUGCAGAAUUGCCAGAAAAACUUCAAACUCGUAUUUCGUAUGAUUUACUCACAGAACUGGCCAAUUGCGUUCUUAACGACAGCAUUUUUGAUAUAGUCAAGGCACUUAUGGAUUUACAGCAUGUUACGGAAAAGCACCUUAUACAAAUGCGUGCACAGGUAGAAAACGAAUAUGAAAUCGAGGUUGCUAACUGGUGUGAAAAAAUUAAAGAUGCUGAGGAAUUACAACAUAUUUUGGGAUUAUUGAAAAUUAAACAUCGAAAGAAACUAUUGGAGACGGAUAAGAAAAUUGUUGAGGCUCUCGAUCAGAAAGUUUACGAUCAACAGUCCACAUUGCAAAAGGCAGGCGUACCUGGCUUCUAUGCAACACAAAGUCUGAAAGAGAUCAAAGUGCAAAUGUUUUUGCUAGAUUUUAUUUUACGUUUAAGUCGUGUUAAAUAUGAAUCUACUAAUAAGUAGCGAAAGCACCAAUGUCUACCAAAAACAAGUAAAAAAACUAAAGUCGGGUGUCCCGACUUUGAAAUACUCUGUACAUAUGUUUACAAUAAUUAGAGAAAUUAAAAAAAGUAAGAGAAUUAAAAAAAAAAAAUUCCGAUCAA